AUGGCAAUCCCAAUUGAAGAAACCCCAGAAGAUAGAAAUGCAAGGAGGACAUCUGUAUCUAUAUCGAUGGUUGCUGUUGAUGGUGCUUCAAGAAGUGUUAGAGGCAAAACCAGAACCUACUAUAUAUCAAGUUCUCAAACGACUAGUGGAGAAGAACGUCGUAUCCUCUCUCGCUAUCUCAGACCUCCAAUGGGUUCUUGUCAUGAUCGGUGUAAAGACUGCAUACACGAAUUGGAGGAAUCAAGAAGACCUACAGCAAGGCGGGGAUCAAGAAAAAGGCAUUUCGUUAAGAAUAAAGGAGUUCCAAGGACUCAUGUAGCUCUAGUGGAUAGAGAGAAAAUAGCAAGAACAAGGCCUAGACCUUCUCCAGAUCCUUAUAUCUGUGAUCCUGCUCAACCCGUUCAAGGUUCAAAACACAGAAAGGCAACUCGAAAUGAACUGAAAAUGCCGAAAAGCCAUCCUACUUCAUCUACCCUUGAUGCUUCAGCAGGAUUAAAUGGUCAAAACAACAGAAAAGACAUCAAGACCAUAAAAAAUACAGCUUCUAAGGCGGCCCGGACUGGAUUGUUGCCCCCAAGACCUCCUGUUAGUUCGAAGGGAAGCAAAAACAGAAACCAUAAACGCGCUUCAUCUCCUGUAAAGGAUCAAAAUAGGAUGACAAGAACCAAGCUAAAACAGAUGAUUUCUGAGAAGGUUCAGGAAAAGAUGUUGCAUGAAUCUGAGACCGAAUCAGAGGGCAAACCUGAGACUAGAAAGUUGGAAUUUGUCCCUACAAGUGUCGAAAUCAUUCAGUCUCCUCCAACUGUAACAACAGAUUCAACCAAUCUUAUGGAGGAAGAACCUGUAUUAUUAAGCUCUGAAUCUACUUCUGAGCUCGUUGAUGAGAAAGAAGUUCAAUCUCCUUAUGGGAAAAUAAUUUUAGAAGAGUGUGAAAACGGUAACAAUGAAGAAGGUAUCAUCUUGGAAGAUGAUGAUGAUACGGUGGAAACUUCAGAAGGGAAGAAAGGAAGAAGUUACAGGGUGGUAUUUUGUGAAGAUGAAGACGAUGAUGACGAUAUAAAGUUUAGAAGGGGAAAGGUACUUGAACUGUUGUCUGAAGAAAACGGCCCAAGGAGGCUGAAAUUUAGGAGAGGAAGAGUGGUGGAUAAGAAUGGGGAAGAGGGUAUUGCAAGGCUAACGUUCAAAAAGAAAGAGAUUGAAGAAAGAAAAGAAAGCGAGGAGGGUGAAAAAGUGAAUCUGAAGCAUCAAGAGGUGGAAAAGAAAGAUGUUCAAGAGUUGUUCAAUAUCGUAAUCGAAGAAACAGCGAGUAAGCUUGCAGGGGACAGGAAGACAAAGGUAGGGGCAUUGGUGGGUGCAUUUGAAACAGUCAUAUCUCUUCAAGAUGACACUUCUUCCUCUGAUGAAGAAAAAAGACAGAAACCAGAGCUUCAUUGA